CUAAUCUCAAUACAAUUUAGGCCCUUUAACCAGGAUACUCUUACAACUGACAGAAACCAUGAUAUCAUUCACAUUCUAACGAAAGCAAGGUUGAGGCAGUUUUCUUGUUGUCUGAAUUCCCCGUAUUUGAAGCUCAACAAAACGUAAGUGUAUUCAUUUUACAUAAUCUACUACCAAUCUGAUACCAAAAUAUUGAAAUCGCUAGGAAAUAGUCCAGCGUAUAAAAAAUUAUUUUUCUCUCCUUGCGUCCGCAAAUAUUCGCUAUCUGUGAGUUUAUCCAAUUUGAGUUGGACUAUCUUAAUUUUUUUGUAUCAACGUUUCCUCCUGUGUCCUGGGCACUCGGAAUACCCGCGUCACUUGAAAACUCUUUAAGGCCCGGUACAGACGCCAAAUUUUUCAUAUGCCGAACCUAAUACAUUGAAUUAAGUGUAUGAAAAGUUCGGCGUGUGAAUCAAUAAGGAGCACCCAUUUCAAUUUGGAACGGCUCAGCCGUUCUUCCCGCCUAGCUUUGCGGGAAAUUUCGACUUUGGAAUAAAUUUCGAAAGGGUAUGAUUCAGACGCUGAACUUUGCAUGUACCGAAGCUAAUGCAUAAAUUAUUAUAACGUAUUUUCGUGGCAUUUUGACCGAAAUGAGCAUUUAUCCGUUUUGCAUUAGUCAUUUAUUGUACUUUAAGUUAUCGUUUUUGGAAAGAUUUUGGUUCGCGUUUAUUAAUUCUGUAGUUUCCUUCUUUUCUUUUGCUACAUAUGCUAUGCAUUGGUAUGCAUCGAAGAUGAUCGAAAUUUACGAACUAAUAUCAAUGCAUUCCUACAGAAACUUAAAUACAUUUUUUUACGCAAUGAGCAGUCAGUUAUGGAAAAGAAUACUACAAAGUGUUUACAAUAAGCCGUUUUUGUGCAACUUUCAGCAUGGAAAAAAAAGGGAGAGAGAGAAAAAGCUUAACGGGGGCACGAAGGCAAUAAAUUGAUCGAGUCGUAUAGUACGCAACCAACUGCAGAGUAACAGUUCGAGUCAUCAUCGAUUGUUUAAUAGGCAAUUUAUAACUCAAGUAAAUUCCGUUCAGUUCAACCUGCUCUUACAGGGUGGGCCUCAUUAGUUCUUCUACCUUCUCUUUCCAGAACUUCCCCAGCUUCCACCAUCCACAGCAACAUAGCCAGGUUUUACAACAGUCCACUAAUAUAAAUUCUUCAACUGCUCCAGAUUUUUUAGGUUCUGUGUUUCAUAGUUGUUAUUAUUUUUCUAACCCUCGCAUCUGCAGUUAAUAAUAUGGAUUGGAUUCUCUUUUCUUAUCCAUUAGAAACUUUUUUUGAGUACCUUGUUUUCAAACAGUGUGUCGGUAAAAUAUACACUAAAAGAGAAGCUUUUUCGAGUUUUGUUCCGUGGGGCGUUGCGAGAGUUCAUUUGACAUGAUAGCCUGUCAAGCCCUAGACUACAAGUAGUCCCCCAUUUUUCCUCAGGGAUAGUAGAGCGUGCGAAACGCUAGCGCACGUUCACGCGCGCUCGCGUUUCGCUCGCUCCACUAUCGCUAAGGAAAAAUGGGGGACUACUCUUAGUCUAGUCAAGCCCUGGUCCAGUCACAGUUACAAUAAAAAAAAUUCAACCAAUCAGUGUGCUUGCUUUCGUUAUUUCCAAGCGCGCUCACCUCUUGUUUUUGUUUUUCUUUCUCUCCCAAUAUUUUAGAUAUGUAAAAAAUUAAUCAGAGGAUUAUAAAAUAAAUGAACCCCUUUCUAGCUUGCUGGUAUAUCGGAUGAUGAUGCCCUUGGCUGAGAAGAUUGUCCUCAAAAUUUUACAUUUACCCUUAAAGCUUCGCUUCUCUCUCAGCCGCGGGCAUUAUCCUCCGAAAUACAAGCCGUCUGAAGGGGUUUAUUUACUAAAUAAUCGACUAAAAAUAUGUUACUGUAACUAAGAAAUUAUCCAGCACAUACACAUUAUAGAGUACACAGUAUACUCUUGCGUCGAUAUCUCGUGUCCAAACAAAAUGAAACAUGGUCAUGUUCGCUAAGUGGCUUACAGUAUUUCACAACAACCGCGCUAGAAAAAAAUAGUCUCUUGCUGAAUUUGUCGUUACAGAAAGCUGAGUAUUCGUCGAGUGGUAAAAACGUAUGGCUCCCUGUUCCUUUUGAGCCGCACGGUUAGAAAGUAGCACUGAUUUUCAUUAAGUGCCAUUUCUAAAAACUUUGUAAGAUUGCAAGGGAAAGCACUAAGGUCAACAUUUUUUAAAAACAUCCUAAAACUUUUUUUGGGAAACCAAUUUCUCCCUUUCAGCAGUUAAUUUUGUUAUUAGCCUUGUCAAGAGACAUAACAUCCGCUUUAUGUAUGCGCUGUAACAGUCAAUGUCGGAAGUUCAUUCCUAGGCAAACUUGACAACCUCGAGGCAUAAAAGAAAGUAACGAUAAUAUAUAGAUUUAGCCAGGGCUAAAAGCGAAGCUCUCUUUAAUAUUUGUAGACUACUUAAAUAGAGUAUAAAAUUGAGUAAUACUAAAGACAAGGUGAAAACAACGAAAACGGUAAAAAACAACAACAAUAGAUCUAAUUAGCAAGAAAACAAUUUUGCACGUGCAGCACAUUUUUUGUUUUCUAAUUAGCAAAAAAAACAACUUUGUACGUGCAGCAUACUUUUUUGGACACUUCCUUGCCGUUGUUUUCCAGGCAUGUCUCAUCAAUGAAAUCAAUGACAUCAAUGUGUAAUCGAUGAGUAAUCAAUGGGUAAUCAGUUGAUUAGUCAUUGAUUAUUGCCAAUGAUCAAUUGGUAAUCGAUGAGUAAUCGAUAGGCCACAAAAUUUUCAGUCAUUGAUUACUCAUCGAUUGCAUUGAUUAGUCACUAAAUACAUUAAUUACUCAUCAAUAUCAUCGAGUGGCUGCAAAUGACAUUUCUAGUAUAAGGGAAUAAUAAAAAAAGGAAAAUAGAUUGAAGGUAACAUUAAUGACUUUUUAGAUUUUAUUGCAACUUACACCGCGGGAAUUAUAGAAAGCUGGCGAAGAAGCUUUUUCUUUUAAAAAAAUAUAUUUUUCUUGAUUCUCGUCAGUUCAUCCAGAAAAUUCCACUAACUCCAUCAGCAGAUGUCAUUCUUCUCCUACAUAACGAAACAGUUGCUGAAAUCGAAGGGCACCGCGAACGACCUGAACGCCAGGAAAAGAAACUCGAGGAAGCGGCGAAAAGGGAAAAACAUAAAAAAUACGAACGUAUGAAACAGGGACCAGCAGAGAAUAUGACAGUGGCGGUUUUGAAGGAAUUAUUAAAAGAUAAAGGAAUUGCCUUCAGUUCAAAAGCCAAAAACCGGAACUUGUCGAUCUUUUUAAUGCCGCUCACCAUACUCUGCUAGACCUAGCUGCAUGAAAGUGAGAGUGCCAGUUGCAACGCUGCGAUGUACUGCAGCUGCUUACGACGGCAGUAUUCCAAAGUUCAAGCAGUUUUUCUUUGUAAAUAAACAGCUACCGAAGGAGAUAUCACGCCAUUUAGCUUAUUGAUACGUAUAAGGCUCAGCAACUUUAUAGAAAUGUUAUUAUCGUUAAGCUGUUUUGUUAUCAUUACGAAAUUAAUGAAAACGUACAAUCAAAAAUGAAAUGUAUUUGUUGAGAGCACCGCUUUGUUUGCAUAUGUCUAAGAGGGGAUAGCUUAUGAGUCUUCUUGACGAGUCAGUCUCGCCUGCGUUAUAACUUCAUUUACAGGUAAACAUCAUUUCAAUAAAAAAGAGUAUUUCUCCAUAUUACUAGCAGAAGCUGGCGGGAAAUUCGUAAUAAAUGAGUUAUCAAUAGGUAACCAAUGAGUAAUCAAUGACAUCAAUGACUAAUCAGUGACAUCGAUGAGUAAUCAAUAGGCCACAAAAUAUUUUGUCUUCGAUUAGUCGUCGAUUAUUCAUUGAUCAUCGGCAAUAAUCAAUGACUAAUCAGCUGAUUACUCAUUGAUUAUCCAUCGAUUACUCAUUGAUGUCAUUGAUCAUCGAUGAGAUAUACCUGGUGUUUUGUACCACUAAAACGUGAAGCUUCUUUUAACUUCCUAUCUACGCGCGCGUUUUAUGGAGGAAAUGUUUGUUUCUGUUCACUCUGUUUUUCACUGCCGCUCAUUUUCACAUUGGUAGCCACUAGCAUUUCUAAUUUUCUAACCGCCGCUAUAUAACCUUCAAGUUUUUCUUCCAAAGAAAUUGGACUCCGUUUUUAUUUGUUUUUUCGCUCUAGCUCUUUUCCCGUUAUCUAAGUUAAUGUAGACAUUAAAAUUUCGUGGAAAGAAAGACCCCCUGUGAUUUACCGCCGAAACGAGCGAGGUGCUAGGAAUGCAAAAUCCUAGCACCUCAGCAAUAACAUACUCCUCCCCCGACGGGCUGACUUCUGACUCCCCUCCCCCUCCCCCAGCGUCUUUACGGACGGGAGGUCUUACGCUGACGUCACAACCAAAUUUUCUUAGCUAUGGGGCUCCGCUAUAAAAAAUCUACGUCGAUCCAUAUAAUAAACUUAUCGCAUCAGUCGCGUUACACAUCUUAAACAUUUAAAUUUUUAAAGGUACGUUUAUGAUCCGACAAGUGAGCAUAACUCGCCGUGAUUAGUCUGUUCGAACAUAUGUUUUUUGCUUGCCUCGAUAUCAAGGUCUGCAGUCAAAUAAAGAAUCGGAAAAAAAUUAUUCUCUGGAGGGGCUUACCUCUCACCAGUCUCCUCAGAUACUGCACAAAGAGGCUUCUGCGACGGGAAGAAAUGUAAUAUUUGAGUUACUUCCCAAAAUGAAACCCAUUACCGUAAAUGUCAGUUUGGCGACAUUGUUUGUGGUGAUCAUUCUGUCUUUCUUUUUUAAAAGGAAAUCUGGAAAGGCUGGUUGAAAAAUGUGGCUUCUUACACAUUCUCGUUUGUUCGACAUAUACUUUUACCACAAAGUUUUAUUCUUUGUCUGGAUUCUUACUCAAUGUAACCCGGUCAGAGGAAAUCCAAACAUUGCUACUGUAACCAAAGCCAGAUGCUAUGCAAACUGCUUGACAGAGGUCAGUCGUCUUAUAGUAUUUGUAAUCAGCUUUCUGUACAAGUGGAUGUACCCCGAUCUCUACCAAAUUUUGUCAAGCUAUAUGCUUUCUACUUUCAUUCAUAAACACGAAAAGGCAUACCAACUUAAAGCCUAAGGGUCGGUUAUUUAAACGAAGUCUAACUUAGACCGCGAUUUAGCAAAUCCUUGAACCUUUAGAUAUCUUCCUCAGUAGGUAAUUUUAAGGAAAUAAUUUCUCUUCCAGUCUACGCCUUAUGCUUUCAUGAAACUUUUCGCGGUAAAAGCUGUUAAGAUAAAAGCAUUGGGCGAAAUGAAAAUGGCUUAGAACGCGGUUCUGUUAAACACUGGCUAAACUCCGUUUAAAUAACUGGCCCUUAAGUGUUUAGCCGUCCGAAUAACGAACACAGAUCUAGUAGUAACUAUACCUUACCAACCAAAACGGAUUCAGCCCAAACAAGAAAUAAAAAUGAAUUCGAAAUUCUGAGUCAAACUGCACUUGUCUACACCUCGUGGAGUGUUGAUUCUAAUAAAGCCAGUAAGUGCGUUCGCUACUGGUAAGAGCACUCGCAUUAGUCUGUAAACAGGAGAGAGUGAGUGAGUGAGUGAGUAAGUAAGUAAGUAAGUAAGUAUGUAAGUAAGAAAGUAAGUAAGUAGGGAAGUACGUAGGCAAUUAAGCAUUUAAGUACAAUGUAUGUGAGUGAGUGCAACUAAGGAAAACGCGAUAACGAAACUAUAAUAGUCCUUGGUAUAUCUGAUAAGCGUCGUGAUUUUCUGUUUUCAGAAUCCAGCGAUCAAUGAAACUGGAAUUCCCUGUCAAACAUCUGCCUGUAAAAAAGUAAGUAUCAUUAUUUCCAUUUAAAAUAGUAACCAUAAUUCAGUUUCCUGAGGUCGAAGAAGGUGCAAAAAAAAGUAUAAAAGGCGAAACCACAUGGAGUGCUUUGUAAAUGAUUUGCCAUUAACAAUAUUCAUUUUCUAUCCUUGACAUCUUUUUUUAGUGCUUAGGUCCAUGUGAAUCGUCUUAU